CCGGGACACCCCCCUCCCAACCAUGUCCUUCGCCAUGCUGCGCUCGGCGCCCAGCCGCUACCUGUACCCCGAGAUCAGCAUGCUGUCCGAGGACGAGGAGAACGGCAGCGAGAGCUCGGGCUCGGACGAGAAGCCUUUCCACCUGGACGCCGAGGGCUACGCGCUGAAGGCGGGCAAGCGGCGCGGGGCCAAGAAGGCGGCGGCGGCGGCGCGGCUGUCGCGGGAGCCGCGGCAGAGGCACACGGCGAACGCGCGGGAGCGCGACCGCACCAACAGCGUCAACACCGCCUUCACCGCGCUGCGCACCCUCAUCCCCACCGAGCCGGCCGACAGGAAGCUCUCCAAGAUCGAGACCCUGCGCCUGGCCUCCAGCUACAUCUCCCACCUGGGCAACGUGCUGCUGGUGGGCGAGGCGUGCGGCGACGGGCAGCCGUGCCACACCACGCCCGCCUUCUUCCCGCACGCCGGAGGUGGAGGAGGAGGUGGUGGAGGCGGCGGCGGCAGCCCCCCGGCGCGGGACCCCGACAGCUCCCAGCCCAAACAGAUCUGCACUUUCUGCCUCAGCAACCAGAGGAAGCUGGGGGAGAGGAGGAAGAGGAGGAGUGGGAUAGAGGAGGCAGAGCAGGGGCCGCACGUGCAGCGAGGGGGGAGAGCCCGGGAUGUGCCGGGAGCCGGGAUUGUCACCCGCUCCCGGGGGCUGCGGGGGCCGGGAGGGAGCCGGGACAGCCACGGAGCCCGGCGGGAGGGGAAUGGGGAGGAGGCGCUACUGGUGGUACUGGUGCUGCUGGUGGUGGUACUGGUGCUAUUGGUGGUGCUGCUGGUGGUGCGGUGGUACUGGUGGUACUGGUGGUACUGGUGGUACUGGUGGCGGCAGUGGUGUUACGGGAGCAGCAGUGAUGGUGGACGUGGUGACAGUGAUGGUGGCAGCGGUGGUACUGGUGGUACUGGUGGCACUGGUGGUGGCAGUGGUGUUAUGGGAGCAGCAGUGAUGGUGGCCGUGGUGACAGUGAUGGUGGCAGUGGUGGUACUGGUGGUACUGGUGGUACUGGUGGUACUGGUGGUACUGGUGGCACUGGUGGUGGCAGUGGUGUUAUGGGAGCAGCAGUAG